AUGUUUAUGACAACUUUGGCCAUUGGCCAAAGGCAGCUGCGAGACUGGCUUAUCAAAACUCCUUCAGUUGGAAAAGAUCCUGUUUCUGCUCCAGCCCCACCACAGCCUGGACAUGAUAAAUCAGAAGAAGAUGAUUAUGCUAACCAUUUACAAAAGAAAGAAAAAUCGAGGCAAGAGAAAGCGAAUGAUAAGGAACACUCUGAAGCCGACACUAUAGUGUAUACUAUGGAUGUGCAAGUUGUGCUGUGCCCAAGAAUGCAAGCAUCAGCCACUUAUUAUAAAACUAAGCUAAAAGUCCAUAAUUACACGCAUUAUAAUUUGAAAACAAAGGAGGUGUUUUGCUAUUUGUGGCAUGAGGGUAAUGGUGGUCUGGAUAGCAAUGUGUUUGCUUCCAUUCUUAUCAGGCACUUAAGAUCAGAGCUAGAUAAGUCAAAUGCCUCCAGGAUUAUUUUAUGGAGUGAUGGAUGUUGCUACCAAAACCGGUCGGUCAAAUUGGCGAAUGCGCUACUGGAACUAGCGAUUGAAAAGAACGUAUCGAUAGAGCAGAAGUACCUGGAAGUUGGCCAUACCCAAAUAGAGGUGGACUCAAUCCACAGUGCUAUAGAAAGGAAACUGCCUCCACAUCGUGAAAUUUAUAUUCCAGCCGAUUAUAUUAACAUCAUGAAAAGCGCCUGGAAAGAUCCGUAA